AUGGUUGCUCAAUUUCUCAAGAACCAGCAAAGGGAUGCAUACCAAUGUGAGAACAUGGGAGCUUCUCAUGGUAAGGAUAAAGAGGAGUGUAAUGGUGAUAACUCUCAUAAGCAGCAAGGAGAAGUCAACUACAUUGAUGCUAGAGAGGAAAGACUUGAAGCUAUGAUGCAACAGCUAAUGGAAAAUCAACAACAUAUGAUGGAAAGACAAGAGCAAAACGCCCAAGAGAUUGAAAACCUUGAGUUCAAAAUGGCGAACGACUAUGGUCAUCUCAACAGAAAAGAUGAUGAGAUAUUUGCAAAGCUCUUUGAUCUAACCAAUCAUGUGAAGAUGCUUGAGGUGCAAGUUGCUCAAAUAGCAGAAGGUAUGAAGAGGCAAGAGGGUUUUCUUCCAAUUGGAGCUAAUGUGGACUAUCCAAACCAAAGAGUUUCUUUCUCUAGAGUAAAGAAAAGAGUCUUUUAUCCAGCAGUCCCUACCAAGAGCUCUUAUUGUAUAACCAUUAGGAAUGGCAGCAGAUUGAGUUUAGACCAUGGAGAAGAGAAGGAGAAGCCUCAAAACGUUUCCAAGCAAGCUCUUUACAUAAGAUCUUAUGAAGUUAUCAAAUCAGUGAACUCUGAUCAUGAAAGUUGCUUAAGAGACAAGGUUUCGACUGUGAUGCCUAAAGAGUGUGAUGCAGAUAGUUCUAAGGAAGUUUUCCACCUUGAGAGACGUCCUAGAGCACCUCCAAAACCAGCACCAUCCGACACUCCUUGGUUUAGAUACAUUGCCAACUAUCUUGCUGCUGAUCAUCCACCACCCCAAUUCUUUGGCUACAAGAAGAAGAAAUUCUUACGUGAUGUUAGAAGGUACUUUUGGGACGAACCUUAUCUUUAUAAACAUUGUUCUGAUGGACAUUUUGCUACUAACAAGACUGUUGCUAAGAUCUUGCAAGCUGGUUUUUGGUGGCCCACCAUGUUUAAGGACGCCCAUGACUUCAUCUCUAAGUGUGAUGCUUGCCAGAGACAAGGAAACAUCAGCAAAAGGAAUGAGAUGCCACAAAACUUCAUCCAAGAAGUGGAAGUUUUUGAUGUUUGGGGAAUAGACUUCAUGGGUCCUUUUCCUUCUUCUUAUGGGAACAAGUACAUCCUUGUUGCUGUUGACUAUGUGUCUAAGUGGGUAGAAGCCAUAGCCAGCCCUACAAACGACUCCAAGGUGGUGAUAAAGUUAUUCAAGUCGAUCAUCUUUCCAAGAUUUGGUAUCCCAAGAGUUGUGAUUAGUGAUGGAGGAUCUCAUUUCAUCAACAAGGUCUUUGAAAGUCUACUGAAGAAAAAUGGAGUGAGACACAAGGUUGCUACUCCUUAUCACCCUCAGACAAGUGGGCAAGUAGAGAUUUCUAACAGAGAAAUCAAGAGGAUCUUAGAGAAGACAGUGGGAAUGACAAGAAAGGAUUGGUCAGUAAAGCUUGAUGAUGCUCUUUGGGCAUAUAGAACUGCAUUCAAAACCCCUUGGAACAACUCCUUUUCACCUUGUCUAUGGAAAGGCUUGUCAUCUUCCUGUUGA